AUGGAGAAUUCCAAGACUACCCCUCCAAACCUGCAGAUCGAAGAUGGAGAAAAGGACGAAGAAAACGAGAGCAACAGCACGGUCGAAGAGAACAACAAUAAUGGAAAAAAUAAUAAAUCAUCAAAUAAUUCGGCAUCUGUGAGGCAAUAUAUCCGCUCCAAAACUCCCCGCCUUCGCUGGACCCCCGAGCUCCACCUCUGCUUUGUUCACGCCGUUGAAAGACUCGGCGGUGACGAAAGGGCGACGCCUAAAUUGGUGCUUCAGUUAAUGAAUGUUAAAGGUCUUAGUAUUGCUCAUGUCAAGAGCCAUCUUCAGCAAUUUCGGAACAAAGACUUCUUCUCGACACCGGAGAUCGCCAUAUUUACAACCUCAGCCAACUCCCACUGCUACAAAGUUCAAAUCAAACACCACUUUCCACUUUACGGUAUGUGA